AUGAGAAAAACAAAAAGCAACGAAUACGAAUUAGAUCCUUUAUCUUCUGCAACUGCGGAAUCCCCAAAACAAGAAUAUUUGUCAAAGAUUCCAUUUGACUCCGAACCUGGAACAAGUAAUUUGACAAUAACAACAGCAGAGGAAACAAAUAAUAACGGGACAUCAAACAAUCGCGAUAGUGAUGACAAUGAGGACGAUGAAUUUUACGACUUCCAUUUAAAUCACAAAAAGUUCCACUACCCAACAUUGGUGAUUUUUUUUGCUUGUAUCAUUUGCACUACAUAUGGGUCCAAGGUGUUAAAUUUGAUUCUCUCACAAAAUGUGGCUCCUUCAGCAGAAAGCUUGUAUUUACCCGUAAAAGAUGCUGCCAAAAAGGAACUCAACUUGACCACAGAUACUUCAACAUUGAUCCCAGAUGAUUUCGACCUCAACAGCCGCUGGUCUAGUGAUACAAUUUUAUACAAUAUUAAUGUGGACUACCAUGAAGUGGAUGAAUUUGAAAACAAAAUGGAAAGAGUUCAAUUCAAUGAUACAGGAUUUGCAAAUUCAUUUUUCCUUAUGGGUGGUCUUUUAUUUUCGUUUGAAGUAGAGCCUGGAUCUCAUUUGACUUGUGGCUCAAGUGAUAAGUGGACUGAAACAGUCAUGAAAAAAGGAUCAGAAGUCAACCAGCUUAAUCUUCCAGCAGUCCCCCUUUUCCCACAAGCAUGGUGCUUGAAUAGUACAGUCAAUGACAGCUCUUUAGACAUUAGUUUUCUGGACUCGAAGUUGAAUUCAGAUCACAUGAGUUCACCAGGCGACAAUGUCACACUUUUUGGUGUUGACAGGAAAAAUAAGCACAUCUACGCAAACACAAUUGUGUAUGAGUCUUCCAAUUUCUCCCAAACACAGUUGUACGAUGUUCUCGAUACAUAUAACGAUAUCCCCAUUGAUUAUCUUUCUAGUUUGUUUGAUCAUCUUGGCUGUGAUAUAUCGUUGGACAACUAUAACGUCAUGUUCAACUCAGAUAACAACCAAACCAGCUAUGAUGUCACAUCAAAUAUCACCGAUGGGUUGGCAACUUUUAUAAACACAUGGUUCAGCACCGAUGUCAGUUUCACACUUGGAUUCAGUCUCAAAGACAACUCAACAAUUGACUCUGUUAAUGGUACAUUAUAUAACCGAGUUAUCAUGGCAUAUUAUGCAAACGAUGACCAGUUGACGGUGACACAGGCAUUUUAUCGUGGCCGUCUACUCCGUUAUGACAUUCAUGAUACAAAUGAUGACAAUUUCAUAAGUCAAUGGAACAGUUCAAUGUCGGAUCCAACAUAUUACGCUGAUGUUCAAAUUUUGCCACUUGCUGUUAAUAUCAAAGUCAGUCCGUUUGUAUUUGGGGUGAUUGAUAAAGUUUUUGGGCUCAACACUGUUGGAUAUUCUAGUGUUGGGUUUUAUUUUGCGGGAAGACUUCGGUACAAUGUGACAUCGAUUGUUUGUUCUAUUCUUGCAGUUUUUGGUCUUUCCAUGUUUUUGUUUAUUCUUUGCAAAAUCAUUUUGUAUAAGUUUCCUCAGGGUAUUCCGUCGUACUAUGGUCUUUUACAUCAGUAUCAUGAGAGACAAACAAAAGUUCAACGGCCAUAUGAUGCUGAAGUAGAACGCAGAUCGUUAUUUUCAAUCAUUGAUAAAGCAUAUGAAGGAGUUGGUUAUGAUGUUGAUUUGCAGCGAAAUAGAUUGGGUGUACUUGACGAAAUCACUUUUAGAAAAGGCGUAAACCAUAACGGUAUAGUAAAACGGCGACUCUUAUGA